AGUCUUUGUACCCACACCAACAUUUCCAUAUAAUAAUCGUCCUACCUAUAUUUCUGGACACGUGUCAUACUAAACCUUAAAGUUUCUUUCUUUAUGGAACCUCGUGUGUGACUCAUCCCUCUUUAAUUGUCUCAUUGAUGCUGCUAAAAUUCUCUUAAAUUUUCUUGAUUUAUGCUCCAAGUCUUGAUCUUUAGCUGUACCCAUCAUUUCUUUUAGGGUUCUUCAUCUUUGAGUGGCAAAAUCUGAGCUUAACUUUCAAACAGUUUUUCAAGAUUUCUUGAAGAAAAAGUUUCAAAGUCUUCAUCUUUAACAUGGGUAAGUUGUAAUUUAGGGUUUUCUUAAUAUCUAGUGUUAAUAACUUAAUAUAUAUUGAGGGUUCUUGUUUCUUGCUCUGUUUUCUUGGAUACCCAUAUCAUAUUUUUGAUCUUAAAGUCCAGUUAAGUCACUAUGGGAACUCAAUCAACUCAUCAAAAUGCUAUCUUGUCAAAGUCAAACCCCUUAGUUUAUGGUCAACGAGAUUUUAGUUAUUUGGUUAUAGGUAAUGGUAACAAAAAGAAUGAUAUAAUGGAGAAGAAAGAGGGGUUUAUAGGGGUUCUUGAAGUUUUUAUACACCAAGCUAGAGAUUUACACAAUAUAUGUAUAUACCAUAAACAAGAUGUGUAUGCCAAGAUUUUCUUGACUAGUGACCCUGAGGCAACUGAGUCGACUCAGACGAUUAACGGGGGCGGCCAGAAUCCGGUGUUUAACGAAAGUCUUAGGAUUAAUGUCCGAAAUAGCGAUUGUUCAUUAAGAUGUGAAAUUUGGAUGCUGAGUAGGGUUAAGAAUUAUCUUGAAGAUCAGCUUUUAGGGUUUGCUUUAGUACCGUUAUGUGAUAUAUUUGUCGAAAAUGGGAAGUUAGAGAAGGAGUUUGAGCUUUCGACUAGUGAACUUUUGCAUUCGCGUUCCGGUUUUGUUAAGUUAAGUAUGGUCUACACUGGAUCGCCACCCGAUGUGGUCGAAAUCCCGACCCCACGUUGUUUACGUGAUCAAGAUUCGGUUGAAUCGAAUCAAGUUUCUUGUGAACUUGAAAGGAUCGUGUUUCCAGAUCCGAAAGUGAUGAGCGAAAACGAAAUCAUGGUGUCUGAAUAUUACUCUGCACAGGGUGUGGUCAACGUUCAGUCAACCGAAAACUACGAUUUACUUGAUUCAGAUUCAACUGAUCAUUUGAUUAGUUCUCUUACAAACAAUGAAAAUGAAAUAUCUCCAAGCAUCGAUUCGGAAUCGUUGGAAAAGAAAGAAGAGAAAAGUCAAACUUUCGUUGACUUGAUUAAAACCGAACCUGAGGAGAAAGUGGUGCAGCAAGAGAUUGUAGACAUGUACUUGAAAAGCAUGAAGCAGUUCACCGAGGCGUUGGCGAAGAUGAAGCUUCCGAUUGAUAAAGAAACUGGAUCACCUGAUUCAGGGGAUCGAGAUAGUUUGGAGUCAAACGGAAAAAUGUCAAACGGGUCGAAGGGGGAGGGUCCAAGCCCGAAAGUGUUCUAUGGGAGCAGAGCAUUCUUCUGAACCGUGUUAUUUGAUUGGUUCGGUAGACAACUAUGAGGUAAUUUCAAGUUUUCUGUGCAUUUGAUGAGAAAUUAGAUCCAUAAAAACUUAUAUUCUCUGUUGUUUCAGACUUGUAAUAUAUGUAUGUAUGCAACUAUGGUAAUCGGAACUGGUUUAGUAUAAAUGGGCUUGGAUCAGUUUCGGGUCAAAUUCACGAACACAUUUAGCUACACGGGUCAUGUUCUUGUCGUCCUGACGGUGUCACAGAUUGACCCAUUUAAUUUGUUUGUUUUUUUUUUAAGUUAUUUUUAAAAAUUUGUUUGUCAUAGCUUAAACUGCUUGGAUUUUUUUAUGCUAAAAUUCGAAAGAGAAAUAAGUACAAGGUUUUAUAGUUCAAACGCAAUUAUUUCGUAUAUGUUUUAGAUUAUUAAUACGCAAAACAGUAGAAUAAAAUAAGUUUUUUGGGUUAAACGGGUUAUGUUCGUGUCAAUCCAAAAAAAAAAAAAACUCAUGUAUAAAAUUUAUGGAUUUGACCCGCAAACCCAUGAACACGGCCCAUUUAAAACACCUACACCUAGAGAAAACCGCAACUCAUGAACACGACCCCUUUAACACGCAUUGAAAAUACCUGAUGAUGAUAGAUACAUUCUUUACCGAAUAAGUAUGCGCUUGUGCCAAGUGAUCAUGUAUGUGGCCACUCCUUAUUAAAGCACCAACACUCAUUAAAGCACCAACGGCAAGCACGGUUCAAAACUGGGAGAUCAACUACUUGACCCGAAACAACUUCUUGGUGAAUGUUUGUUUAGAGCUCAUGUAGGGAUUAUAUACGAACGUUAAGCAGGUUUUACAAACAAGUAGGAUGACAAACACAAAGAUUUCAUUAGAACAAGACACGACAGACAACGCGACAUAAAUGAUCAAACCUCAUGAUUCAGCUCCAAAAACUUCACUGAAUGAUGGGUGUUUUUUUGUUUCCAAAAAUGACAUAAACUUGUAGUUGAGAUUCAAGAACACCCUUUUGUUGGUUGUCAUGAUGUAAAAGAUACAAAUCCACUUUCAUGUGCUU